UGCGCCGGUACGCCUAGGUCUGUGGCUAUUGCAGACCACAACAACAGCAUGGCAGCCAGCGAUCAGACAACGACGGCGCUGCUGACCGAACACUUCCGAUACACGCCGCUCACGCUACUGGACGACAUCAUUAACACCGUCAACGAGCUUGUCUUCAGAGCUGUGACCGCGAUCGAAACAGGCUUGGGGAACGAGUCCGCUGAAGAGCUCGGAUUCCGGCUGGACUCAGAGACGGCAGCUUCAUUACCGAACGACGAGGCGCGAGAAGAAGCGCUUGCAGAACUGAAACAGAAUGAGAUUGACAAUGGUGUUGUAAAGUUGGAGAGCCUGUUGAACGCGACAGUGGAUAAGGAUUUCGACAAGUUUGAGAUUUACACGCUGCGGAAUAUCCUGGCUGUAGGACACAAAGAGGAUGAUCUGGCCAACUGGGUGCGCCUGGAGCACUACAAAGGCGUCGAUAUGACAACUGUAGAAGAUGUGCCCAGCCCGGAGGCAGUCGAGCUGCAGAGGAAGAAAUUGCAUGAGACCGCGAAGCUGAACAUCAUGCUGAAGAGUGAAGAGGCCAAGAAUGCUGCUAUCUUGGAACAAGUGAGUGGACUCAUUGGCGCCAACUUGAAGCAGGAAGGACAGACAGGCGACGCGCCGUUUGCAUUCUUGAACGCGACAUCUGGUGAGAGCAAGCACCUCGAACAAGACACGCAAGCUGCUCUCAGUCAAAUACCGGCAUUACAGAAGCUUCUCGCAGGGCUCAAGGACGCGAUGCAAACGAUACAGACGGCCAGAAAGAGCAAGCACGACGAUGAAGACAGUGCAGAGGGUAGGCGCAGACGAUACCUCGAGAGCCAGAGCCGGAGAGCGCUGGAGCGCAAAGGUAUCGACCUCGAAUCAUCAAGCACAACGUCCUUGGCUGCAGGCAGGAAAAUGGGUCGCGAUGAGUUGCAAGGCAUCGAAUCCGUCGUGCAGGCGCUUGGUGGUGCUGAAGCUGCGAAGAAGGGCAACGACUGAGCUAUUUGCAGCGUGACAUAUCUGCAAGCACGUGCACAUCUGCCAGUACUUCUUCAGUAGGAUACUGCCCUACUCUUGGUUCCAGCACAUAGGCUGAAGGAGUACUUCAGCAUGUGCGCCACUCCCGCUUCUCGGUUCCGAAGAGAUGUUGUUCGCCACUCUGGAGGAUAUCAUACCACAUUCGCCGGCACAGUCUAUAUCAGCAGGUGAACUGGUGUCAUCAGGCAGGGCUUCGCACUGUCGCUGCUACCUCAACCACGCCUGCGAACAGAGUGCCAGAUUUCAACAUGGGCAGCAGUGAAGAAAUCACUCUUGUGGCUAUCGUCAAGACCCAGCCUGGGAAAGGCGAGCGGGUAUGCGAAGAUGAACAUCCAAGUCAAAGCAUCGGAGCUGACUGCUUAAAAGUUUGUCGAGCUCAGCACAGAAGCUUACAACACCUUCGCGCUAAAGGAACCUGGAUGUCUGCAAUUCCAGAUCAUUCGGCAAGAUGGAGACGGUUCCGCGGACAGUGCGCAGACAUGGGCAGUCAUUGAAAGAUAUGCCAGCAAGGAGCAUCUUGCACAGCAUCGGUCGACAGAUUCCUACAGCCGUCUGUUUGAACAGUUCGUGGCUGAAGAACUCCUAUCGGGCAAUCCGAUGAUGUUUGAAGGCAAAGCGGUCGAGAUGGGACACUUUGACAGGCCAUUUGACGCAGGGAAGAAGUGACAAGUUCGAGCUCGAUGCAUAUUCCUACGAAUACGACGGUGUUGAAACAAUUACGGGCGGCUUUUGUUCGCAGUCGUGGUCUACAAGCC